CACUGGAUGCGUCGAACACGGCCGUCAGCUUGCUGAGCCGAGCGGCGCACGUGUUUGGCGGGCACCUUCCGGUUCAUUAAAGAACGCUGCGGAUAUUAAAACGCGUCCUCUGAUUUAACUCAAACCGGCCAAAAGUAGACGAGGUGCAUAAUGGGCACAAUGGAAGAUUGCCAAUUCUUGGAAAGCUUUAAAAAUAAGCGAUUAAAAAUCACCCUAAAGUCCGCUACAUACGUUGGCACAAUACAGCGCGUCAACUUAAACAAAACGCUGAUCCUGGAGGACGUUGUCGAUUUCCAAAGUGGCAGAAAAUUCCCUGGGACGAAGCUUUUCUUUGGUCGCGAAAUUUUAAACGUUGAACUCCCACCUGCUCCGGAGUGUGAUAAUGGCGGGGCAAGUGACAGGGACAAGGGCAAGCUAACGGUGUCCGAGUUUCAGCCUUACAGGAAACUUAUGAAGCUGGGCGAGGACGAGGCUGACAGUGAGUAUGUGGACUUUGUGGUGGUGGACGAGUUCUACGAGAAGUUCAGCCCUGCUGUGAUGAACAUCCGCAAACGGCAGGUGAUCGGGAUCGCGGCCGAUGCCUUGGGGGCUUUCCCCCAUGCCAGGCUCUGCUGGCUUCAGAUCUCCACCAAGGACAAGGUCUACCUCUUUGACAUCUUGCAGCUUGGAGCGCGAGCCUUCAAGAAUGGCUUGUCCAUGAUUCUUGAGAAUAAGCACAUUUUAAAAGUAACGCAUGGCUGUCGGGGUAUAUCAGCCUGUCUCUUGGCUCAGUACAACGUCAAUCUCACCAAUAUCUUCGACACUCAGCUCGCCGACGUCUUGCACUUCCACAUGGAGACCGGCGGCUUGCUCCCGGAGCGGGUCAGCACCCUGCAGGAGGUUGUGGGCCUCCACCUGAAGGUGGCGCCCUCACGCCUGUCACCCCUGAAGAUCAAGGACCAGCUGGCCGAGGAGGAUGGGGAGGUAUGGUACGUGCGGCCCUGCCCCACCGCCCUGCUCAAAGUCAUGGCCCUGUCAGUAAUCCACCUGCAGCCCCUGCGGCUGGUGCUGCUCGACGCCCUCCUCUCCGACUACACCGACCUGGUAGAUGCAUACCUGGAGCACAGCAGGCAGGAUUCCAUCCAGGUUCAGGACUUCGGCUCGUGUACUGGACUGGAGCUCCCCCCAGAGCUGCGGAAGUUGGAGCAGACCAAGCUGGAGCGACGGAAAAAGGCGCUGGACAGGUUCCCUGUCACCCACGACGGCUUGCUGGUGCGCUACGGCUCUGGGCCCCUCGGGGACCAAGUAGCCCUUCCUGUGGGGUCUGAGCACCACGACCCGGCUGAGAAGGCCUCCAAAGACCGGGAUUCUGGCUUAAAGUCUGAUCCGGUUCCGACCUUGGGGAAGGAGAACAGCACCCCCAGGCUCUUGGAGACUGCGGCAAAGUCAGUCGGGGGGGCAUCACAGAUGGAGGGGGUUGGCUGCCCCGUACCCUAUCCUGCCAUCGGAAGAGGACUAGCUCUCCUCACGCCCACGGAUGACUCUGCGGAGCUUUCCGGUGCCUCCGAACCCAGGAUGGGGGGCGGAUCUGCAGAGGUGACCCCAGUCCCACCGCCUGCUGCCAUAGAGACCCCCGUAGCCUGGAUGGGGGGCAUUGGGGGGGGCAUUUCCAGGGGACUUCACAUAGGAGCUGCUCCUUACAGUGCCAUGUGUUUUGGACGGGGGCACUUCUUCCAGAAAAUUCCCCCCUAUAGUCCCUAACAAAAUCAGCUAAAUGAAUCUGUGUAGCAAUUUCAUUAGCUAACGCCUCUAAAAUCCUGGGGGUGCUUCAGCAUCUUGGUCGUUUGUUCCUUUUCGUUAUGAGAAAUGAGCCCCUCUUCAGUUUCAGCGACGCAUCUCUCGUUCCUGUUUAUGGAGACUGUCGUUUUGAGGCAUACCCGAAACCGACCAUUAGAUGGCAUUGUUGAGUUAUGAGACUUUUUCUUGGCUAGUUAGCGCUAGGUGACGCGUUUGAUUUAGUUUUUUUUUCUUUCGUUUGACAUUCUGACAGCUGGAUUGAGCAUUUGACAGAGCUUCCUGCUCAAAAAGUCAGCUCUGGAGGAUUGAUUACAAUUCAGGGGUUUAAAAAUAAACACCCGUCACAGUCUUGCUUUAAUUAUG